GGACAGAGUGUGACUAAAGCCAGUCUCUGAAACCAGAUCGAGUGCCGCGUGGAUCUCUCCUCAAAAGCCGAGCGUCUGAGGAAAGAGCGUCAGUGUCUGUGAGGGAGUCUUUGGGAAUCAGAUUCCACGGAAUACAAAACUUCCAAGAAUUCCAAAAAAAGCUUGGAGAAGAAAGAACAAUGUCAAGUGCAAUCAUGAGACGAAGCUCCAGCAAGCAAGGCUUGCAGAACCUCCUGAGAGUGACGGCCCAGCGAAGUAUUGAAGAUGCUGAGGAGAUCGAGAGAGAAAGGCGACGUCGGGCCCGGGAGGCCUUCCGCAAUCAACAAAGCCUGUCUGGAUCUGCUGGUUCCCCUCAGGACAGUGUGAACCCACCUGAGACCGGCCUCUAUGAAAGCGAACUCAAACCCAGCUGCCCUAUUGCUGUUGAUGAGGAUGAAGGUUUCAGCGACUGGACCCAGAAGCUGGAACGGAGAACACGGUCCAGAAUGGAUGAGAACGGCAGUGGAGAAGAGCCACAACAGGAGGAGAAGGACGUGAAUGCAAGAUUUCGACAAAGUGAGAAAAGCAGCUUCACCACUUCCAUACAGUAUCAGCAAAUACAGGACAGAGAAGAAGAGGAGAAAAGACCAGAGGAGAGGAGGAUCACAGAGAGACGAACAGAGAUCAGCGAGAGGGUUAGCAGUCAGAGAGCAGAGGAAUGGGAUGAUGACAUGAGAGACAGCAAAAGCAGACAACAGGAAAUAAAACCACUGAUGGAGAACAAGAUAAAAGAGGAGAAGAAGGAGGUGAAGGUGUCAUACACGUCUAAAGUCUUCCUACAGCAAGACAGAACACCUAAUGGCAAUGGAGAGGCAGCUGCAGAGGAAAUGACAUCACAUCUGGUCAAAACCAAAAUAUCACCCAGCAGGACUGUAGAUGUAAAUCAGGACUUAGAGACUAAGAAAGACAUGCACGCUGGUCUGGAGACCGAGCUGAAGCUGGAGAAGAUCAGACAUAGCCACCAGGAGAAGGAGAGCCGGGAAAUGGAGCAGCUACGGCAGCGUCAGGCCGAGGCUGAGCUGGAGCUGGAGGAACUGAAGAAGAAGAGAGAGGAACGACGCAAGGCUCGCGAAGAGGAGGAGCUGAGGAGAGAGGAAAAGGAACAGAAGAAACUAACCAAAAAAGAGGAGGACAAGAGACAGAUGAAGGAGGACAUCGAGAAGAGGAGGAUGGAAGCAGUGGAGAAGAGAAUGAAGAAUCUCAACAUCACAUCUACAGAUGGUGAUGACCCAUUUAACCCUUUAAACCCCAUAAGUCCAGCUUUCAAGAUCACUGAGAGAACAGAAUCCUUGAAUCGAUCUUUAAAGAAGAGUAACAGUUUCAAGAAGACCCAGAGACCUGUACUCCUGCCCAAGAUCGAUGACAAACUGGAACAAUACACACAUGCAGUCGAGAGCUCCUCUAAAGAAGCAAAGAUGACUAAAUCAGCAGUAGUGGACAUGUCUAAUGUCUCUGCUCCGGUGGCCUCCAAAAAAAGCCUGUUUGAAGUGGGAGAGGCCUGGAAUCAAAGCAGCCCAAAAGGAACACCUUCGAAGGAUACAGACUGUGUGAAAGUGGGUGUAGCAAACCUGAUCAACCAUUGGGUGAAAGGAAGUCCAGAAAGCGGGAACAGACACUUCCUCUCCACACCAUCUGAUGUUAAACCUGGAGAUGUUCUGCAGAAAAAGAACAUGUGGGAAAUUAUUGGAGAAGGUUCUGCAGCCGAGAGGUCAGGACUGGGAGGAAAGGCCUCCUCCUUGGGUAAGCAAUACAAGUUUGCUGUGACAGGCCAUGGAAAAUACGAGAAGAUUUGAUGGUGAUCAUUACAGUGUCUAUACGAAUGGAAAAUCAAGUGAAUUUUCCAGUGAUCGCUUGUGAGGAAUUUAAUUCAGCAAUAACUUCUUUCCUGAUUCACCAAGAACACAUAUACAUUAACAUAAAGGUCGUACAAUAUUUCAGUCAACUUUUCAAUACAUAAGGAAGAAACUACAUUCUAUGUGCUUUUAUGUUUUUAUUCUUUUUUUAUGAUUGUUACAUUUUUGACUGUUGUAAUGGCAUGACUUUGGGAUCUUUACCUACAAUCUAUUUGUUGCAUAUACAAUGUAAAAAGCAAACUUAUUUUCAAAAAUCUGACCAAUUGCAACAGAAUAUAAAGUCAUUGUUUCUUUUCUUAUUCCUCAGUAUUUUCGCUGAAAUUAUGCCCACUUCUAACAAUGUAUGAGUAUGAACUGAAUGUGAAUGUCAAAUAGUUCAAAUGGUGAUGAUUUUUUGUCAAAUGUUUUUAUAUUGAUUAUCUAUGCUAUUUUUAUACUAUGACACAUUGUUACAUUUAUAUUGACUUGAAUAAUAGAUUAACAGAAUAAUCCAAAAACAUAUUCCAAAUUCCUGCAGCUGAUUCUUAUGCAUUUUAAGUCACAAAUAUUUUUACGGUUAUAUUUUAUUACAAAUAUGACAUUGAUUUUCUUGCCUCUCUGCUCUAAUCCUUUAUAGUUUUGCAUAAUUCAUAAUUGACUACACUUUUUGGAUUUCAAGAAAACACUGGAAUUUCUCCAUUUAUUUUAUUUAAUAUUAAUCUAAACAUAUUUGUUUAGUUACAAGCAUUUUGCUACCCAAUGGUAUUGAGAAUGGUUAAAACAAGAAUGACAUUUGUAGGCCAUUACAGCUUUUAUUUUCAAUAAAUUUGAUAUUUUGUAUGAUUCUUAAUUUUGAUUUUGGCUGCUUAUUCUCAGUGUAAAAUGGAAAUAUCAGAAUGGUU